GGCGGCCGUCACUUCUCCGAGUCGGAGCCAUGGCGACAACAGCUCAGUACAUACCGCGGAAUAACUCCUUGCCGUCCAACCCGCUCAUGCACCCGGACUCGGACCGCAUGCACCAGGGGACCACCUACCGGGAGGUGCAGAAAAUGAUGCACCACGAGUACCUGCAGGGGCUGGCGGCCACCAACACGGGACACCCGAUGAGCCUGACGCACCACCAGUGGUUGCCCACGUCCAACACCGACUGGUCCAGCGGCACGCACCUCGGCCAGCAGGAGCACAAAGGCGGCCGCGAGGACCUGGCGGCGGCGGGCUUCCACCACAGAUCGCACCUGGUGCACCAGCAGACGCAGGGCGCCCACCACGGCGCCUGGGCUCCGGCCAGCGCGCACCACCUGUCCCCGCUCUCGCCCGCGUCCGGCGGCGGCGGUGCAGGCGGCGGCGGCGGAGGAGGAGGCGGCCAGCUGCUCUACUCGCAGCCCGGAUACACGAACCUGAACGCCAUGCUGGGCAGCCCGCAACCGGGCGCGCUGCACCACGGCAUGCGCGAGCCGCUCCACGAAGACGCGGCCGUGCACGACGGCCAGAUGGAGUCCCCGCAGCAGGCGUUCACUCACCAUCAGGACCACUCGGACGAGGACGCGCCCAGCUCCGACGACCUGGAGCAGUUCGCCAAGCAGUUCAAGCAGCGGCGGAUCAAGCUGGGCUUCACCCAGGCGGACGUGGGCCUGGCCCUGGGGACCCUGUACGGCAACGUCUUCUCGCAGACCACCAUCUGCCGCUUCGAGGCGCUGCAGCUCAGCUUCAAGAACAUGUGCAAACUCAAGCCGCUCCUGAACAAGUGGCUGGAGGAAACCGACUCCAACACGGGCAGCCCCACCAACCUGGACAAGAUCGCCGCGCAGGGCCGCAAGCGCAAGAAGAGGACCUCCAUCGAGGUGGGCGUCAAAGGGGCGCUGGAGAACCACUUCCUCAAGUGCCCCAAGCCGUCGGCGCACGAGAUCAGCACUUUAGCCGGCACGCUGCAGCUGGAGAAGGAGGUGGUGCGCGUUUGGUUUUGCAACCGGAGACAGAAGGAGAAGCGCAUGACGCCCGUGGGGGUCCCGCACCCCAACAUGGAGGACGUAUAUUCCCAAGCGGAGACCCCACCGCUGCACCGCUCGCUACACAGCCCCGUGCAGUGACUUGACUCUUACUCCCAACCACCUUUCUAGACAAAUAAAAGGGACUUCGUGGAGUUUACACUAUUUAAGUUUCACCGACGAGACUUUCGAGGGUGGGGAAGUUGUGUGCAGUUUUUUUUUUUUCAACUUAGCAUUUGGGAAUAAAUGUUUAAAAAAAAAACACACACAUCUAGUGACAAAUAUUCCAUUUAAAGCGAGACAAAGAUUUAUUUACCAAAAUUAUAACGGAGGAGACGGAAGGAGAAUCAUCAUCUCCUCCCUCUUUUUUGGACCGUGAACGCUCCACACGCCUGCAAAAACAAAAACAAAACAAACAGAAAAAAAAAACACUGGAGAUGAAAAGUCAGCACUGAAUGAACAUUUUGAUUGUUUUGUCGUUUAGUUUUAAUUUGACAAACCCGAGUGUGUACUGUCGUGAUGUAUUUUGGGGGGGCUUUGAAAACUUGAAAUUUGAGGGGUGUAAAAUUUACGAAUUUUCCAAAUGCAUCAGGACGAACAUGUUCUGAUCGCACGCCUUAAUAUUUUUUUUUUUUUUUUUUUGACCACACGUCGAAAAUUUGCAACAGCAGACGCUAAAAAACUGUAUUUUUCCUUUCUUUGUGGAUUUUUUUUGUCUUCGUUUUCUUGAUUUCUUUGCAUGGAGCACUUACUUUUUGGGGGGUUUUGAAUGCAACAUUUCCACAGAUUGGCCCCCCACCAUGUACCGCGCGAAGUUGGAGCAACUCAGGUAACUUUCAGUGCCCCCCUGCAAGACCCCCAAUGAUGAGACAUCACUUUCUCCGCGCUUAAAAAAGGACAAGGGAUUUUUUUUUUUCCUGUAUGUGUGAUCUUUUUCAAAUCGUAUUUAUUUGACGUCUUUGUGUCAUGAAGCUUCAAAACAAACAAAAAAAUGAGCAGUGCUAUUCACCAGACAGAUAAGGGAUUUUUUUCCAAGAAAAAAAACAUGAUAAUUAUGAAAAAAAAAAAUACCAAAAAAAAAAUUGUUAAAAAAAAAAAAAAUGAGGUGAUUUUAGAGAAAAUGUGUAAAUAUGUCCAAUAUGUAAAACUUGUAUUUGUUCUGAAAUAUGUUCUUUUGGUUCUUUCUUUUCCUGGCAGUUUUGUACACUUACUAAUAAUACCCCAGAAGAUAUUUUAAUAUGAUUUUUGAUUUAUUGAUGACUCAUUUAUAAAUAUAUAUUUAUUAUUUCUUUUUGUUUGUUUAGCUCUCAUGUUGUUGUUUUCUGUUUUUUGAUAUAUUUGUUGCAGUGAAUGAUUUCACGCUCUCUUUCUUCAUUGGUUGUACGUUGAUUGCUCUCUAAAUGUAGACUGCAAAGUCACAUUUCUAUUUAUGUUAUAGUAAUAUUUUAUUACUUACAUAAAAACGUAUAUACAAGAAAACUGCUCUGUUGUUGCUGUUCUUUCUUUUGUUUAGGCUUGCAUUUCAACGACGCCAUUGACUUGAGAAUUAUUAUUUAACGUCAGGCGCCGGGUUAAAUGGUGAAAUAGUGUAAUAUAGGAUCAAAUCUGGAUGGUUUUUGGACUGAAAUUAAUCCUGCAUGAAAAUGAGAUUUCACAUUUAAAGCGUAUCAAAUGGUGUUUUCCAAUCGGACGUCAAAGUGUCUGCAGGCACUUUUCUCCAAAAUCGAAUUGGAAUUGAGAUUUUGUUUUAAUCCCUCGAAAAAAAGGCCUAAAUUUUCC